UUCUUUACGAGUAACUAAAUUCGUAGAGCUUUUCCUGGUACCGUACAGUAAGAUAUAUAGUUUAAGAAUGUCAAUGACAGAAGUCCACCGUCAAGCGUCCGUUGGACCAAAACAGCAUCGGUUCGAGCCUUAUGCCUUUAAUGGAGGAAACAUUCUAGCUGUUGCAGGUGGAGAUUUUGCUGUUGUUGCGUCGGACACAAGGUUAAGUCAAGGUUUUAUGAUUCACACUCGUGACCACCCAAAAGCUGUACAACUAACUGCGAACACAGUGUUAGCCCAGUCAGGCUUUGAAGGUGAUAGCCUGACACUCAAAAAACAUGUUCAGAUGAGAAUUGGAAUGUAUGAACACAACCAUGGUAAAACACCAUCCACUUCUGCUAUUGCAGCAAUGAUUUCAAAGAUGCUUUACUACAAACGGUUUUUCCCAUAUUACGUCUACAACAUUGUGGCUGGUUUGGAUAAUGAAGGUAAAGGUUGCGUCUAUAGUUAUGAUCCUGUAGGGAGCUAUGAACGUGAGCAAUACAGAGCUGCUGGUGCUGCUAAUGAGCUUCUGCAACCUUUACUUGAUAAUCAAAUCGGGUUCAAGAAUAUGUCUGAGGCUGGUCCACCACUGAGCAAAGAGCGUGCAGUCCAACUUUGCAUUGAUUGCUUCAUAUCAGCUGCUGAACGAGAUAUUACGACUGGCGAUUGCGUGCUCAUACAAGUCAUUGACAAAGAUGGAGUUGAAACAAAGAAGUUCCCACUUAGAAGAGAUUAACAUUCACAAAACUGCUAAAACUCUGAGAUAACAAUAUUUUUCACUGGAAAAUACUAUUUCGGCCUAAAUUGUUCGCUCUUACACUUAAAGGCAUUAUAUAUUUCAAGCGUUAUAUAUGUGUAUAAGUGAAUCCAGUAAAAAGUUCAAUGUUACAAGCUACUUGCUUCUAUUCUAACUCGAAUUCUUGGUCCAAAUUUAAUGCAUAUUAUUAAAAAAGUCAAGUUAACUUGUUUAACCGACAGUUCAUUUAAUGUGUGCGUUUUGUCUCUUUAGA